CUUCACUUGUCAAGGUUGGUCUGAAUGGCCCAACGUUGUGGAAGUGGUGGGGACGUGUGGCUGACUGACGUCAUGUUUCACAUGCACCUAUCCGUGAAGACGUCGCGGCCUUAUGCAAGGCGCGUUCAGACCUUGGAUAUUUAAAUCUGUCACUGACAUCUUCUUCCUUGUUUGCUCUUUACUUAUAUUCAACUUCGAUCUCGUCAAACAAAGUCAAUACAUCAUCCUCAAAUACUCAUACCAACCUCCAGCAUGUCGAACAAGGAAACAUCCACUCUUCAAUCCGCUCUAGACUCUGUCUCAAGCACCAUCCAGAGUGGCAUUCACGCCGUUACUGGCAAUCCAGGUGAUAAAGCUGCUGCCGACCGCAAACAGGCCGAAGCCGAAGCUCGUUCAGAUCUCUCCCAUGCUACUGUCAAGGCUGGCCCUGUCACUGCGACCGCUGAUGGCGUGGCUACAGAUAACAAAGACCGUACAGAUGGCUCUUGGAAUCAAACCAUAGGCUCCGGCAAAGAAUUUAUUGGAGGCAUUACGGGCUCUGAGCAGCUCAAGCAAGCAGGCCAACGUCAGAAUGAAGAGGGAAAGGUACAAGAGGCACAAGGACAACUGAGUGAUCUUGGUCAGGGCCUAAAAGAGCGCGCUGGAGGUGUGUUAACUGGAGCUGUUGCGGGUCUUACUGGGGAUGAGCAAGCCAAAGCUGCCGCUCAAGAGCAACACGACCGUGGCAAAACCCUUCAGCGCGGUGUCGAGGCUGAUCUGCAGAAACAGGCAGAUGCUGAGCGGAAGUAAAUUCCCUACCCAUUUGACAAGUCCUCGCGUUAGGCAAUUGUUUCAUCAAAGUCGUAUUUCAAAGAUAUCCCAAAGGCUACCAAGUACCAAGUAGCGCAUAG